CGUUAUCGAGCUGCGCAGAGAGAAGGCCAGACAGACUCUGAGGAGAACCGGGCUCUGGACUUCCAGAGACACUAUCAUGUGACCGACCCGUUUAUAAAGCGUCUGGGGCUGGAGGCCGAACUACAGGGUCACUCUGGCUGCGUCAACUGUCUGGAGUGGAACGAGAGAGGAGACCUCCUGGCCUCAGGUUCGGAUGACCAGCAUGCCAUUAUCUGGGAUCCGUUCCGGCACACCAAGCUCAUCACUAUGCACACGGGACACGCAGCCAACAUCUUCUCCGUGAAGUUCCUGCCUCACUCCGAGGACCGGAUCUUAAUCACAGGAGCCGCAGACACCAAGGUGCAUGUGCACGACCUGACGGCGAAGGAGACCACUCACAUGUUCUCAGACCACACUAACCGCGUCAAGCGCAUCGCGACGGCUCCCAUGUGGCCCAACACCUUCUGGAGCGCGGCGGAGGACGGGGUCAUCAGGCAGUAUGAUCUGAGAGAGAGCAGUAAACGCUCGGAGGUGUUAAUCGAUCUGACGGAGUAUUGUGGGCAGCUCGUGGAAGCCAAAUGUCUGGCUAUCAACCCUCGUGACAAUAACUACAUGGCUGUGGGAGCCAACGGGCCCUUCGUCCGGCUCUACGACAUCCGAAUGAUCCACAAUCACAGGAAGUCUAUGAAUCAGAGUAGCUCAGCCGGUGUUCAUACGUUUUGCGACAAGCAGAAAUCGAUACCGGACGGCGCUGGACAGUACUAUGUCGCAGGUCACUUGCCUGUGAAGCUUCCUGACUAUAAUAACAGAUUACGAGUUCUGGUGGCCACCUACGUCACAUUCAGUCCAGACGGCACCGAGCUGCUGGUGAACAUGGGUGGAGAGCAGGUGUAUUUAUUUGAUCUGACGUUCAAACAGAGGCCGUACACAUUUCUGCUGCCCAAAAAAUGCCACUCGUCAUCGGAGGUACAAAAUGGGAAGACGACCAAUGGUGUGUCCAAUGGGAUUCAUCUUCCUGCUAGCCGCCUCAAACUGGCUAAAGUCUCCAGCGGCUCCAGUGAUCUUCCUCCUCAUCUGGAGCGGAUCAAGCAGCAGGCUAACGAUGCGUUCGCGCGCCAGCAGUGGACUCAAGCCAUCCAGCUCUACAGUCUGGGCAUCCAUGAAGCCGGCCACAACGCCAUGCUGUACGGAAACCGCGCCGCCGCGUACAUGAAGAGAAAGUGGGACGGCGAUCACUAUGACGCGCUGCGGGACUGUCUGAAGGCCUUGUCUCUGAACCCGGGCCAUCUGAAGGCACACUUCCGCUUAGCGCGCUGCCUCUUUGAGCUCAAGUACAUCGCCGAGGCUCUGGAGUGUCUAGAUGACUUCAAGGGCAAGUUUCCAGAGCAGGCGCACAGCAGCGCAUGCGACGCGCUCGACAGAGACAUCAAGGCGGCCCUCUUCUCAAAAACAGACUCCUCUGAUGACAAGAAGGGGAACAGCUCCAUCCGCUUCCAUAACUUCAGCCGGAAGGAGUCCAUCCCGGAGGAUGAGAUCGUGCUGAGAGAGCGCAGCUUCGACUACAAGCAUCGCUACUGUGGCCACUGCAACACCACCACUGAUAUUAAAGAAGCCAACUUCUUCGGAAGUAAAGGCCAGUACAUUGUGAGCGGUUCAGACGACGGCUCGUUCUUCAUCUGGGACAAAGAGACGACGAACCUGGUGCGGAUCUUACAGGGAGACGAGUCUAUAGUGAACUGCCUGCAGCCAUUACUGUUGAUUGCACCAAACGUGACUUGUUUUCUCUCCUGCGUAACCGAUCACCAGACGGAGAACGAGAACUGUCGGGUGGUGGAGGACAUGGAGGGUGCGGCCCAAGCCAACCAGAGGCGCAUGAACGCGGAUCCGCUGGAGGUGAUGCUGCUAAACAUGGGCUAUCGCAUCACAGGUCUGAGCAGCCGAGGCACCGAGGGCUCAGAUGAUGAAGAGAGCUCGGAGAGCCAGGUUCAGUGCCGCUCCAGCUAG